AUGUCGUUCGAAGUUUGUCGUAUGCCAGAUGGCGCUACUAUUGGAUACAAGCUGCUGGGCAAAGAGCAUGCGGGUGCAACACUCGUUAUGGUGACGGGCAUGAGUGCCGUGAUGGAUGACUGGAUGCCGCUGGCGGAAUGCCUCGCGCACACGCGGCGAGUUCUUGUGUUUGAUCACCGCGGCAUGGGGACUUCAUCGAUGACGGCAGAACAAGACGAGGAUAUCACGAUUGAACUUCUUGCUCAAGACGUGCUGCAGCUGUGUAACGCCCUGCAUGUUCGACAUGUGCAUCUCUUGGGAUUCAGUAUGGGCGGCAUCAUUGCACAGGCGAUCCUCACGCAUCCCGAUGCGCGCGCAACGUCGGAUCAGGCUGGUGUGUCUGGUGUGUCUGUACAGGGCGUCGAAGUACGUCGUGUCUUGCUAGCGGCAACUUUCACAAAGUCGCCUCGCACGAAAUUUCGUGCGAAUCAAGUACCAGUGCCCGAGCAUGCGAGCUGGGAAGAACGCAGCUUGGCCUACAUUCGCUACAUACUCGCCUUGCAGUACCAUGCCGAUGUGCUGGGCGAUGGAAAACCAUUGCAGCCUAUGUUCGAUGAGCGUAUGCGCGUAGGCAUUCAUCAUAAGCGACCGCAGACGGUCAUUGGGUAUCAAGCAGCGGCUAUCAGUCGGUAUGCAAAUCGCGAUCAACUGCGUCAUGUGCCAAGGAAUCUACCCAUAGCUGUGAUCCAUGGCCGGUAUGACCAGAUGGUCUUGUAUGAGGAGUCGAACGAUAUAUUGCGGUUUCUUCCGCAAGCGAUGCGCCUUUAUCCAAAUGUCGCUAGCCCCGAUGACCGGGAAGCAUUCGCCCACAUGUGGUUCGACUACUUUGAUAUGGAACGCGCAUGGGUCGUACCUAUCAUCAAGUUUCUUGAUGCGCCUUUAUCUGCGAGAAUGUAG